AUGACUAAGAAUUUCUUAUCCUUUCUAUUAUUGGUGGGGAUUUCACUUGUGAUAUUUUCGCCCAUGAUUGUAACUUCUAUUCCAAACAAACAUGAGAAAAAAUGCGUAAGAGAUAAGAUUGGAGUUAUUACUGAACAACCAAAAAAUCUCAAAGUUCCUAAUGAAAUUGCGGUUCCUGCACAUAAUGUAUUCAAAUUUGCUUUAGACGUCGUCGGUAUCUCAAAUUGGACUUGUGCUGCUUAUCCUAAUGGCACCACAUUUUGGAAUACCACCUACGUUGAGUCAUUCUUGAUAAAUGAUCGUAAUAAUUUCCAACUUGAUGGAAAUUGUAUCAUCGGUCGUCAUUACUUCACCGAUUUUCCACUCAACGGAGGAUUUGCAGUAUACCAAUCGUUAGUACCCGGUGACGAUUCAAUACUUUACGAAAGACCGUUAAUUCGUUACAAUUCACCCGAUGGGGCAUUCUCAGAUAUCACCUAUGCACUUCGACUCAAGACCAAAGGUGGAAAUCCACCCAGUUCCGCUAAAUGCGGAGUUAAUUACAAAAAAGGAGACGUUAUAAGUGUUCGUUAUUACUCCGAAAAUUGGUUCUUCAAGAAGGCAUAA